AUGACAUGUGUCCGUGUCCAUCAGAAGAAGAAGGAAAUGAUGAUGCAGUCAGGCCUGAGUGACUUGACGAAGCAGAGGAUGUUGCAGGCUCAGGCCCUGUCUCAGGAAGCCAGGGGGGGUCUUAACUUGGGGAAGAAGAUCAGCGUUCCCAGAGACGUGAUGAUCGAGGAGCUCAAUCUGACCUCCAACAGAGGCUCUCGCAUGUUUCAGGAGAGACAGAAACGGGCUGAGAGGUUCACACUGGAGAACACUGCCAAUGGCCCGUAUUUCACAAAUGUUCAGUCUGAGGAAAAGUCUCCCCCAGAGAUAGUAUCAGAUCCACAAGCUGGAAAAGAGAACCAGGCUUUCUCCAUCCCUGGUAAGCACAGCCUGGUCAUGAACCUUCAGAAGACUGUAGCGAAGAAGGGCAGUCCGGAUGUCCUGGCUCCAGGUUAUUCUGGCCCUCUGAAGAAUAUUCCUCAUGAAAGGUUCAAUACGACAGUAAUCCCAAAAUCCUACUGCUCCCCGUGGAGGGAAGCUUUGGGAGCCAAUGAAGAGUUCCUAAAUGCAGUCAAUGCCCAGCUGCCGCAGGUCCCACAAAGACCACAGCCUGCUAACUACAGGAGCUUCAACAGAUCUCCAAUGCCAUUUGGGGGCACCAUGGCCAGCAAAAGGGUGAUCCCGGUGAUUGGAUUUGAGGCAGUGGAGACCCCGGACCUUCCCCGCGUCACUUUGGAGCGCAUGUGCAGACGGCCCAACUUCAACAGAGCACCCAGGGGAUGGGGAAACGGGUUUAAUCCGGAAUCUAAUGAUCUAUGA